AUGCUUUAUCUUAUCCUUUUAAAUAUACUCCUGUUUGUUGGCUGUUAUAUCGCUGGAUGCAUACCUAUAUCUUUCAGAAUACCUGUAUCCAAAAUUCGUAUACUAACUGUUUUUGGUGCUGGUCUACUUUUGGGCGCUGCAUUAGUCGUGGUCAUUCCUGAAGGCAUAGCAGUCAUUUGUAGUUCGCAUAAACAUCAACAUUCUAACCUUAUUUCGAAUAAAGAUAACCACUUAAAUCUGCCGAAUUCACGUAGAUUGAAUAUGGUAGAUACAAUCGAAUUGACAAAUGAUAAAAAUCUUCCAUCAUCAAUAAAUAAAGAUAAUGAUCCAAUGAAACAACCAAAUAACAUUGAACAUGAAAAAAUUCAUGCUUCAAAUGAAGAUCAUCAUGAUCGCGAUCAUUCUCAUAAUGAUCAUGAUAAUAGUAGUAGUAUUUAUAUACAUCAAAAAGUUGGUAUUUCAUUAUUAUUAGGUUAUUUAUUUAUGUUAUUAGUUGAUCAAAUGAGUUAUACUAUAUUAGAAUUAACAUGUUGUCAAACAAUGUUAUUUGGAUUGAAGAAAUUAUGUUAUCAUUCUAUAUUGUAUAUACCAUUAAUGAAUAAAUUGAAUCAUGAUACUGGUACAAUUGUUAAUAAUACAACGAAUACAACUUCUUCUUCUAAUAACAUGAAUUGUACUAAUAAUCCUAAUAAUCUAGUCAAUGAAACAUCCAACAGUAAUAAUUGUUCAUCUAUUGGUUCAAUUCAAUCAACUAAUCAUAAAGGAUUAAUUGUUACAUGUGGUUUAGUGAUACAUUCAUUAGCAGAUGGAUUAGCAAUUGGUUCAGCAUUUGCAUUAAAUCAAUUACAAUUAGAAUUAAUAUUAUUUUUAGCUAUUAUUUUACAUAAAAUACCAGCAGCUUUUGGUUUGUCAUGCUUCCUAUUACAUGAAGGAUUAACUCGUGAUCGAAUUCGUUUACAUAUGAUUGCUUUCUCACUUUCUUCUCCAUUCGCUUCAUUUUUCACAUAUUUCUAUCUGUCAUUAUCUUCAACAUCAACUGAUACUGAUAUUAGUGAAGCUUCAACAAGAACAGGUUUAGCUCUUUUAUUAUCAGGUGGUACAUUUCUCUAUGUUGCGGCUACACAUAUUCUACCAGAAUUAAUUAAUUCAUCCAAUACUGAUAGUGGUAGUAAUAUUACUAUGGAUUUAAAUACUGUAAAUGAUACUACAAAUCCUAAUUUAUAUUUAUUCACUGAUUCAUUAAAUAAUAAAUCAGGACAUCAUCAUCAUGUAUCAUCAUCAUCAUCAUCAGCUGCAGUAGCAUCACCAUUAUCCAAUUAUGCAUUAUAUACUGUAGAUAAUAGUCAUGAAUCCAUUAUCAUGUAUAAUUAUCCUAAAUCAAAUCUAUACUUAAAUUCAAUGUCACAUAUUCAUCGUUUAAGUAUCAUUGAAGUUUUUGUUUUAAUUAGUGGUACAAUAAUACCAAUUCUAUUUUCAACAAAUCAUUCUCAUUAAGUAAUGGCAACUGGAACUGAUGUACGUACAUACAUACGAAGUUCUACGUUGUGACUGACUAACUGACUGAUAUAAAAUAACAAUCUUUCUGUUUAUCUAUCACAAUGAGGUGAUUUUUGCAGGGAUAUUUUUAAUUUUUCUAUUGUUUUGUUUUUCUUGUAUAUCACAUCAUUUAUGUAAGUUUUGCUUCUUUUUUUCCCUUCACCACUUUAAUACUGUGAUAUAAAUUAUGUAUGUACAUACCCUCAAUACUAUGGGAUUUGAAUCGACAGCUGUAUCUCUAUGCUAAUGUGGUAUGGCAACUCGAACGUAUGAAGUUCUACGUUGUGACUGACUGAUUGACUGACACUAAAUACAUACUACUCUUAUUGUUGUCUUCUAAAUAAUUCAAUUCUAUUGUAAAGAAUAUUAGCAUAAACAAUUAAUGUAUAUUUAUAACUGUUUAUGUGUAGAUAGAUUACAAUGAACUCUUCUAGUUGUCUAUGGAAUUAUUGUAUCUUAUUUCUGAAACCUCAUUAAGAUUUGGAAUAGUUCAUCAAAUAGUAAUAAUAGUAAUGGAUCACGAGUAUCUUGUUGUUGUUUGUUUUUUACUUGGGAAAAGUGCAUUUUUUCAAAAAAUUUAGUUGGUUUUCAUAAAAUAGGUUAAAUAAAUAUGGUCAGGAAACUGUCGCAAAUAGACUCAGUUUAUAAAGAGUGUAUACACCAAUGGCGUAGGUGCAUAUACUCUUUAUCUUCCCACAUAUAUCAGUUGAGUGGAACUCAUCACU